AUGAGCACUGAGGAGAGGAACCCGAACUUUGCGCAUCUGCUGCCGCCGUCGUGGGCGACACACGUGCAGCAGUGGCUGGAAGACGACGUUCCGUCCUUUGACGUCGGUGGCUUCGUAGUCGGCGAGACCGAGGAGACGGCGCUGCUGCUGGGCAAAUCCGCAGGUGUUCUUGCUGGCGCUCCGUUCUUCACUGAGGUGUUCCGCACGCUCGGCUGCCGCGUCGAGUGGCUGCUCCAGGAAGGCGACGAGGUCGAGCCCAGCAGCGUCCCGAGCGGCAAAGUCGUUGUGGCCAGAGUCACGGGCAAGUGCCGCCAGCUGUUGCUGGGCGAGCGCACCGCACUCAACAUCCUCACGCGUGCGAGCGGUGUGGCCACAGUGGCUCGACGCUCGGUGGACCUCGUGCGUGCGCUGGGCUGGACCGGCCAUGUGGCUGGCACCCGCAAGACGACGCCGGGCUUCCGUCUUGUGGAGAAGUACGCGCUGCUCGUGGCUGGCGCUUCUACGCACCGCUACGACUUGUCGCAGAUGGUCAUGCUCAAGGACAACCACGUGUGGGCCGCCGGUAGCAUCACCAAGGCCGUGCACAAGGCCAAACUGGCCACCGGCUUCUCGGUGAAGAUUGAGGUCGAGUGCCGUCGUCUCGAAGAGGCACAGGAAGCUGCUACAGCUGGCGCUGACAUCGUCAUGCUGGACAAUUUCGAGCCGGAAGAGCUCAAGGCCACGGCCGCUGCGCUAAAACAGCAGUUUCCGCACGUGCUGAUUGAGGCUAGUGGCGGCAUCACGCCCGCGACGCUUGGCCAGUACGUCUCACCAGAUGUAGAUGUUGUGAGCCAGGGCAACCUCACACAAGGCUACCCGUGCCUGGACUUCUCGCUGAAGAUCCAGAAGUCAGACGGUGUCUUGGAGCAAUAG